AUGUAUGAGAAAUGUUUCGCAGGGACAAUAGAAAAAGUGAAGAACAGUGACCUACAAUCGGACAUAGACAUCCUGACAAUAGCCCAGACAAUGGACGUAAAUCAAUUCUAUGAUUUGGGCAUAGCUCUUGGUUUCACCGUAGCUGAGUUAGAUCGGGUAGAGUACAGGAGAUUCAGAGACAGGCAGCAAGCCGCCUAUGACAUAGAGAUUCCUGAUACAACGCUGUUACAAGUUGCCCGUCAUAUCAGCAAAGAGAAGUUCUAUGAAAUCGGGGUUCAACUUGGAUUUGACGAGAUAGAAUUACACCACAUCGAGCAUCGAUCCCUGUACAAUAGGAAAGAUGCUAACAUCCAAAUGCUCUCGAUGUGGAAAGCAUCUCAGAUAUCAUCAGAUAAACCGGAUGAGAAACUUAGGACCGUCUGGAAAUCGUUGAAAGAGGCCUCAAAAGCUACGGACAUGAAUGAUGAUGAGAAUAGAGAUGAAGAUGAUGGUGAGAUUGCUCUCGACCCGGAAGUAAAUGCUGACCCAUCACCACAACAAGAACCAGCACAAGAUGAAGAGGAAGACAAUGACGAUUGGAAGAUCAUCGAAUACUUAGGGUCAGACAAAGAUGAAAUUGUUGGAGACUUCGACGAGUAUGGAGGUUCACCUGGUAAUUCAGAACUUUGUGCAGUUGUUCGUCCAGUAGCGAAUGUCACGGUGGCCUUACAAGUAGCUAAAGCUCUUCGUUUGGACGUUAAUGACAUCAUAAGUCUUAUUGCUCCUCGCGACCCUGCAUUAAUGGAGAGACUAGCAUGGAAACUCCUUCAUCAAUGGUGUAGACGUUUAGGAAGACAAGAGAAGGGAGAGAAGAUGGCUGCGCUUCUUCAAGGAUACAGCAUCGGAGAUACUUACACAGGUAUUGGUGAAAUCUCUGCCAAGAUUCGUACAACUCCAGACUUCAUCGACCUCACCCAACGGCUGGUUCUACCAGCUUCUGAAAUUAUUCAGGUGAUGUCAUCGUAUUUGACCUUUGAACCUGCCUUGAUACGUCGGGUGAUUCUCCAAAUGCUUCAUAGAUGGGUCAAACAAGGAGGAACAAGGCUGAUGUUGCUUGAAAUUACUCAAGCUUUUAAUUUCACUGAUGCUGCAGAACACAUAGCUACAGCCAUGCAACAUCACCCGGGUUUCUUUAUUCCGUUUACACAUGGCAUCAUUGAUCACGAUGGUGGAGAGCUGAAGCUAGAUGACAUUGGCAUCAGAGUGUCCAUUCCUUCAGGAGCGAUUCCCAAAGGAAUGAGAUCACUUGUUACUCUCACUGUCCUAAAAGGAAGUUCAUCCAAGUUACCCCUGGAUGCUGGCGAGGUUCUCAUAACACCGAUCAUCCAGUGUUCCUUCAACCAUGACCUUCUCAAAUCGGCAACUACAGUGCUUCCUCAUUGCAUCACACCAGACCAAGACAAGCAAAAGAAGAAAGACUUGAGUGUAAAGCUUUACAGCAAAAUAGGUCCAGGAGAAUUCGGGUACAGGACAUUGCUUCCUAAAUCUGUCGAAACCUCCGAAGGCAGGGUUACCUUCUCAACGCGUCAUCUUCAGUACUUUGCUCUGUCUUCAAGCGAUAUUCAUGGAGUUCAGUUCAUAUGUGAAGUAUCACAGCCUCUGUUCAUGAGAAACCCCACACAGCCCGCUCUACGAAUCUACAUUGCACAUCCUUACAACAAAGACUAUGCAGGUGUGAAAGGACAGAAUUACAGCUUGUCGGAACCAUUCUACGAAGUCACGACUGUAUUCAAAUUUUGUCUGGAAUCUGCUGAAGAUAACAUCAAGCUUUCGUGUCUCACUGGCUCGGAGAAGACUCAAGAAACUGUUCAUGUGCAUUGCCUACUAUCUGGAGGUUGGAAUACUAUAGACAUAAGUCUGCCGCCCUCAAACGAUGAUAAGCGUGUUCGUGUUUGCAUUGAGCAAGGCCCAUCCGUACUUGCAGAACAAGAGAUUGAAAUCUCCAAAGAAGUGGAACCUGACUACGACAAAGCUCAAAGUGGAGGCCGAAUGAAGUUCGUUUCAAACAGCAUGAUACAGGUACUGACUGAUAUAGUUUGUGGAAUAAAUGAAGCAAGUAAGCUUGGUUACAAACUCGGUUUCUCCUAUUCAACGGUGGAGAAAUACUUGGUCAGAGCUGACUCUUCGGCCAGGACUGUCUCAAGAUCAGGUCUUAGGGAGAUGAUUGAAGAAUGGAGACGGCGUGUCCGACCCAGUGAGCAGGUUGAGAAACUCCAAUUUGCACUUGAGGCUGCACGGUUAAGACAUGAAGCUGAAAUUCUCUUUGUCAAAAGUUAGUCUCAGGCCCUUUUCUCACAUCUUGUCGUCGACGAAGAAACAUUUUUUUAAUAGGUCUGUAUCACCAAAAUGUACCGCAUUAGCUCUAUAUCAAUAUAGACUCUUUGAUUAUAGUAUAUAGGCAUUUAUUGUAUAUAAGUUAAGAAUUACAAUUGGAUUUGAAUUAAACAUUUUAAAUUCUCUCCUUGUUGUGUGACGUGUCUAUCUAUUUUAUAUCUACAUUUUUGGCUGUUAUAUUUUAACACCAUAUUUUUCUUAAGCGUAAAUUAAACAAUCACUGUACACUUAUUCAUUUUAAGAAAAUCUAUGAUAAAACAGCUCACUGGACAAAUGUAUUACAUUCGCGUUUUGUUAUAUAUUCAUGUAUCGAUCGGCACGAUCUGUUCAUAUAUUUAUUAUUGGAUCUCCUUGCAAAGUUAUAGAGAGUUCAUUUUCUUUUCCAAAGGUUAAUAGUUGUCGCUUGGACGUUUAACCUCAUACAAAAUCAAAAUGUAGACUAUGUUCUAUGAUAUUCGAUUUUAAAAACAUAUUUAUAUCAUCUAUUUUAUGGAAACAAAUAAUCGAGAUUCGACAAUCAAUAUUACCAAAAUAAGAUUCAAUUUAUUAAAUCUUAUAUCCAUAUAUUGAAAAUUUCAUAAGUUUAGUUCUGUAUACGAGCACUAUGUUAUAAUUGUCAUGGCAAUGUUCCUCUGAAUAAUAUUGUUUGUAGAUAGUAUAGACAUCGCCAUAUAAAUACCUUUAUUUAUUAUGACUAUCAUUUUAACCAUUAAAAUCCAGCUGUUUUGAUAGGCCUAAGUGUUUAUAGCAUACACUUGUAUAGAAAAAGAACUACAUUUACUUGUGUGUUAGUAUUGAGUGAUUCGAGUAGGGCCGACGGAGAGUUGUGUUGAAAAUCGGGACCCUUGAACUUAGAUAUGUUUGCAAUGUUAGAACUGCCAUGUAUGUAUUAUUUAUAGACCCUAUUAAAUUAACUUUCCUCAUUGUUUCCGAUGAAUGAAUUAUGUGUAGGCUCUUAUACUGCAAAUUAUAUCAAUUCAUCACUGGUUCAUAUAAGUUUGCAUUUUAACUUUUUUUAUGUAACACAUGUACAUGUAUAAAUGUCGGUACUAUAUUCCUUUUAAUGUAAAUGUAUAUUAAUUUUUACAAAAAAAGGUAUACCAUCAUUUUGCUCCCAUAUGAAUGAUACAUGAUAGCAAAGUCACCUACAUGUUUAUGUAUUUCUUGGUUGUGGUUUUGUUUUUAAUGUUGAGUAAAUAAAAUGUUGAAAGGAAAGAAAACAACAUAUAGGCUAUAUUUUCCUUCUCAUAUUUUGAUUGACAAGUCAUGGACCAUGAGCUCCGAUUUGUGUACAAUGCUGUGAAUACUACCCGGAUGUAACAUUAUCUAUUUAUCUUUUUAUUAGGAAUACAUUUAGGCGUCAUAACAUUCAGAUUAGAUACGAUUUCAACAUGGUUCUGUUGACAUUAUAUAUAUUAUGCAGUAACUUAGAUGCUAUGAAAUAAAAUAAUUUUCAAUCCUUUAGACAGAAAACAUUAUAAACAGUAAUACAUGUAUAGGCUUAAGUAUCUUAGCGAACAAAACUACUUUAAUCAAUAUCUUGAUUUACUUUCUCUAUAUAUUUUGUAUAUUAGGUAUUCAUGUUUCCUAUGUCAUGUAUGUCGUAUGAAUGUAUCUCGGCAACAGAUGAAUGUUUUGUACAUGUAUAAAUCUAGAAACAUUUUUAUUGAUAAAAGGCUUGAUACAGAAAGAGAAAUAAGAAUCAUAAUGAAAGCGAGUCAUAAUGAAUAAUAUAAUCUUUCAUGAUUAUAUUUUAAGACGUUUCAUCAACCAUGGUAUACAUUGCAAUAACAUGUUUGUCGAUAACAUAAUGUAUGGCAAUUAUUAUUCAUAGACAUUUUAUUUACUUCAAAAAUGAACAGAAUUCCAGUAUUUAGGUGUAAAAAAUCGAAAUAAUAGUUAUAAUAAUAAUAUGUCCAUUUAUAUAGCGCAGUUUAAUAUGUGUAUAUACUCAACUGCGCUUUGAUACUUGGUAUCAUAUUAUUACCCCGGCUGUAGCUAAGCCGCCAUAUUAAUAUGCGCUAUAAAGCGUUCAAGGAAUAAAUCCUACCGGGUACCAAUUCACCUCACCUGGGUCGAAGCAGCACAAUGUGGAUAAAUUCCUUGCCGAGGGAAAUUACGCCAUGGUUGGGAUUCAAACCCAUGACCCUCUGUUUCAGAGUCCGGAGACCAAUCCACUGGGCCACAACGCUCCACGAUAACAAUAAGGUUUGUUAACAGGAACGAGGCCUAUAUCCAUAUGCAAUUGUGACUUAUCGCAAAACUUUCAGUCAUGAGAGUCGCACGGCAUGCAAACGAAUAUUGUAUAAAGCGUUUGAUUUCAAUAUUAUUAUGACAUAAACCUUUCCAGCUUUUUUUGUUGUUGCUUUUUAUGCCUUUUCUUUUGAGCUCAUAAGAGCAUUAAUAUGUACAGCAGUUAUUCAGAUUUGAAUGUUUUGUUUUCUCGUUACACAUAUUUUUCGUAGAAGGUGGAUGAAUUCGCUUGGCCACUGAGUAAAAAAGCCAUACUUGAGUCAAUAUUCAUAAUGACAAUACUUUAAAUUUCCGUUGUUAAUGGCUCUGGAUAUCUUUGGAGUCAAAGUCUGUCAAUAUAUACUCGCAAAGUUUAAACAUUUUGAAAAAAAGUCACUUGCAAUACUUACAAAAAAAUAUCCACGUUGAACGUGAUGAAGCUGAUAAGCCUGAAAUGCAUAUUCAUUUUAAUGUGUGAAAAUGUAAAUAUUUGAUAUAUGGGCCAACAGUGCUUUUAUUUGUAUGAUAUCAUUACACUGGCCUAAAUGUUUCACCUUGUGAAUACAUGGCCUCUCAUAAUAAUUCUAUUCAUACGUGUUUUCAGCAUGGUCCUGUUAACAUGAACAUGAUGAAUAAGAUAUAUGCAGUAACUUCGAUGCAAGAAAGUCAGUAUUUCAAAUCCAGAAUUUAAGCAGACUUUUACGCUUAAUUAUUUUAGCGAACAAAACUAAUUUAAUCAAUAUCUUGAUUUACUUUCUCUAUAGAUUUUGUAUAUUAAGUAUUCUUGUGUUCUAUGUCAUGUAUGUUGUAUGAAUGUUUCUCGGCAACAGAUGAAUGUUUUGUACAUGUAUAAAUCUAGAAACAUUUUUAUUUAAAAAAGGCUUGAUACAGAAAGAGAAAUAAAAAUCAUAAUGAAAGC